UCAUGUGACCCGAAGUGUGACGUAGGAGGAAGGAGACGCCAUUAGAGGGAGGCGGAGAGGGAACGCUGUUCGCCUUUCCUCGGGUGCCUGACGUGGUGGCUGGGGCCCUUCAUUCUCGGACUUUCCCUCGGCCUUUCCAGGCCUCGCCCGGAGGCGGGAGUGGAGACGGCGCCCGGGGUUAGCAGCUCCGGUGCGGGGGUGCUGCUCGGGCUGCGGCUGUGAAGGCGCUGCGGCGGCUGUGGAGAGCUCGGCGCGGCUCUAGGGCUCCGGCGGCGAGGACGCGACGGGAUGGCUGCGGCCGGCGGCGGCGGGGCGGCGGCCGGGCGAGCCUACUCGUUCAAGGUGGUGCUGCUGGGGGAAGGCUGCGUGGGAAAGACGUCGCUGGUGCUGCGCUACUGCGAGAACAAGUUCAACGACAAGCACAUCACCACUCUGCAGGCAUCAUUCUUAACAAAGAAGUUAAAUAUUGGUGGGAAAAGAGUAAAUCUUGCUAUAUGGGAUACAGCAGGUCAAGAGAGAUUCCAUGCAUUGGGUCCAAUUUACUACAGAGAUUCAAAUGGAGCUAUUUUAGUUUAUGAUAUAACAGAUGAAGAUUCUUUUCAGAAGGUUAAAAACUGGGUCAAAGAAUUACGGAAAAUGUUGGGAAAUGAAAUCUGUUUAUGUAUAGUUGGUAAUAAAAUAGACUUGGAGAAGGACAGACAUGUUUCCAUUCAAGAAGCAGAAUCGUAUGCAGAAUCUGUGGGAGCAAAACAUUAUCAUACUUCAGCCAAACAGAACAAAGGAAUUGAGGAACUCUUUCUUGACCUUUGUAAAAGGAUGAUAGAAACGGCACAAGUGGAUGAAAGGGCAAAAGGCAAUGGCUCCAGUCAACCAGGAGCUGCAAGGCGAGGUGUACAAAUUAUUGAUGAUGAACCUCAAGCCCAGAGCGGUGGCGGAGGGUGCUGUUCUUCUGGAUAACUGUUCACCCCUAAGGAAUAAAAAAACAAAUAAACUGUGGAUCCUUGCCCUCAACACGAAGACUGCCAUAUUCCAAGUCACAUUAUUUUACCAAUGGAAUUAGAGAGUUAACAGUAUUUUAAAUUACGUUUAUAACACUGCAGAGACCUUAAGUGCUAAACUUAGUGGGGUUCGUGACCAGAGAAUUGGCAUUUUCUACACAUGUUAACAAAGCAAUUACCAAUGGCCUUUUUACAUAUUUUUUUUCUUUAACAAGGAGUAAUAUGCAUGUAGAAAAGACCUACUUAAAGGCUUCAUUUAUAUUCUUUUAAAUCAGAUCUUUAUUUAAUAACUUAUAUAUGUUGUUGGAAUGGUAUACAUUUUUGCAGUCCUUUGUAUUUUGUGGUAGUUUGAAUUGUAUCACUUCUAAACUGCAAACUGUUUUUGUUUUCUUUUUUUUUUAAAUUAGCAGAUACCUGAAGUACUAUUUUUGCAGGGUUUGCACAGGCCCCUAACUGUCUACUACACUUUGAUAUAAUCUAUAUUCAUCCUGUAUGCUGAGCUGAUAAAAUACAUUGUAAAUUACAUAUUAAAUAUUUUAUCUGCUUUUACAAGCGCAAGGUGCAAAAAUAUAUACAGUAGUCUCAUUGAUGACUGUAAAGUGAAUUAACAUUUGGUGAUAAUGUCUAAGCUUUUUGACUCUGAUCAUAGCUCCCCUUCACUUUUGUCUUAACUUGAAAAGUGGCAUGUUUAAAUUUUCUCAUAUACUUUACUUGAAUUAAUUGCUGUUGUCACAUUUUUUGCCUCUAAAUCCAUCUAAUAAUUGAGCAACAGCAUUUGCCUUUUGGUUUGGGGGGUUUUUUUUUUGUUCUUUUGUGUGGUUUUUUUUUUUGUUUAUUUUUUGUUUUCUGGUUUUUUUGUUUGGAUAAAAGAGAUGACUUCUGCUGAUUUUGCUUUAGAAUGGUUACCUUAGAAGUAUUUGAGUGGAGCAUGCUGAGUUUCACUGCUGCAAGGCUUUAGUUUUCUCUUAGGCUUUAUGUGAGAUGGACUCGUUGGUAUGAGAAGAGAGGAAGAAGUCCCAGAUAGUAGCCACUCACCAAGACUCAUUCAUACAGCAUGUUAGUGGUAGUUUCUCCUCCACAGGCAGCACUUUUAGAUCCAUUGUGAGCAAGCUGUUUCUGGUCACUGCUUGCCAGAGAUGAACACAGAAAGCUUUGUUUCAUUUUAUAAGAGCUAUCCUUCUGAGUUUCUUUGAAGGGAAACAUUUCAUGUAAUGAAGUUAUAGCGAACACUGGAAAGAUUUAUUAUAAAAUUAUAUUCUUGUAUACUUUGUAAAUUAGUCUCUCACUAAGUUUUUUUUUUUUUUUUCUUUAAGCAUAGGGCUGAUAGAAUAGAAUCAGGCACUGCUCAUAGGAGGAACACAAAUUGUGGAAAUUAACAAAUUGUUCUUGUUCUAAUAUAUAUAUUUUUCCAUUUCUGUCAUGCUUGGAAAACUAGUAAAUGUUAUGUCUAAGAUAAAAUGGAAUGGUCCCUGGAUUUACUUCUUAUAAGAUGCAAUAGUAUACAAUAAAGUUGUUAGCAUGAGCAAUUAAAAGAAUAUAAUGAGGUUAUAGUUACUAAAGAAGUAACUUUCCCAGAUGGGUUAAAGUUGAAUAAAUUGACACCUUGAUGUUAUGAUAUUAGAAUUUUAACUUAGUAUUAAGUAUUCUAUAAGGCCUCAUUUUACCUUCCUUAAUUAUUGUCCUUGUCAGACUCAACACACUGCUUCUCCACUCUGUGUGUUUAGGGAGGGCGGGGUGGAAAGAGUCUUCAGGAAGAUAAGCUAAAAUUGUCUGUGUAGUCUCUUGGUUUCCUGUGAAGUUACUGUUUAUGCAGGAGGUGGAGGGAGGCAGGGGAAAUCAUGAGUACAGAUAAAAGAAAAAAUUGUUUUUGGCUUCCUGGUUCUUUCAGUGGUAGUAAAGAAAGCCUUGCCAUUUCUACUAUUGUAGAUGUAGAUGGGAAAGAAGCUCUUCUCCACUGGAGUGAAGUAUUUUUUUAAAACUAAUUAGACAUGAAAUUGAGCUUUAUUCCAAAAAAUAAAAUCAUAAAGCCUGAUAAUUGGAGAGUUGUACUCUCGAUUUUUGACCCUAUAUUAAUGAUAUAAAGUCCAGAUAGAAACCUCUGCUCCAGAGUUGCCAGAUAAUUAUUGGUAUGGUACAACCACUCUCGAUGUUUUUUUGUUUUUUUCUUUACUCUUCUUUGGUUUCUAUGUACCUUUCUUAACCUCAAGCAUUUCAUUUUUCUUUUUUUAACCUGUAAUUUAAACUAAUUCAGUAGCAACAAUAGAUAAUAUGGUAUACCUGACCUUGCUCUGAAGCCUAGAAGGUCUUUAGAUAGGAAUAGGGUGAAAGGGUAAUGAAAGAGGACCAAUCAGUUGCAGCAUGUAUACAAAGGAAAGAUAAAAAAAUGAUAAACCAAGGCUGAGGAAGUUUUUCUGAUACUUUCUUCACCUUUCUAAUGCCUAUCUUUUGUGUUCCUGUCCUUAUAAUUGUGCUAUUAGGAAGAAGACACAAGUUAUCGUGUUGUGUAUUAAAAGUAGUAGGUAGGUAGAACCAAUAUAUUUUUCAACUAGUAAGUGUAUACUCUUCGUAUAUAUAAUUAAAAAUUGGUUUAAGAUAGUCAUUAAAAAGGUAUCUGAAUAUUUAAAGUAUACAGUCACUGUUUCUGUAAUGAUGAUGGGUAUUCUGCUUCUUGUUUUGCAUUGUGACUAUAGAGGAAGAUUAUUGUUUUUAAAAAUGUAUAUUGCAACAAUUUGGGGGUAAACAGUAAUCUGAAAAGAAACAAGCAUCACGUUAUCAUAUGAAAUAUGAGUGUUUGAAUUUCUUUUGUUCUGGGGUUAUCUCCUGAAAAUAGUCUAAAGCUAUGGCUGUUACAGCUAAAUUGAAAUCUUUUAAAAAAUAUUAACCAUAUAUUAUUAGUGAUUACUUUUUAUUUGGCAUUAAAAUAACAGAAGAAUGAUAUUUCAUUUUUAGAUUUUCAGUAAGCAAAAGUAAAAUUUGAGAAAUAGAGAAGGAGGGUAGUAAGAAGUAGAAUGAAAGGUAGAUAGGAAAUUCUACAACCUGACAAUUUUUAAAAUCAUUUUAAAAACUACAUUACUUUUAUCAGAUGGUUUCUAAAUAAGGCAAGUUAUGCAUUGUGCCAAAUAUUUAGAACAUUAAAAAAAUGAAUUGUUAUACUGUUUCUUUUAAUACAUAAUUUGCAAUUUUCUAUAUUAUAAAUGCUACCAGGGGUCUAGAUAAUUGAUCUUAUAUUAUUUUCAGAUAAUGUAACUUGCAUUUAUAAUUACCACUUAUGUCUAGAAGGGUUUGACUUGUGCCUUUGACUUUGGAAAUUUAUCUUUUGACUUCUGUUUGCCAUUAUAGUUUUCACAGUCUUUUUUUUUUAUAUAGAUACAGUGUGACAAAGAGGGAAUACAUAAUUUGUGACCAUUUAAAAUGUUGAGAUCUUCUAGAAAAGGGUGUAGAUAGUAAUGACCAGCAAGAGCCUUACAGUAAUUUCUAAAGCUAUAGAGACUAAGUAGAUCCUUAAGUAUUCUUUUCUAAAUUAUAAAAUGCAUUACCUAGACUUUAAUAAUUAAAAACUGGGAUUCAUUGAACAUAA